CCCUUUUGCUCUGUCCCCUUUAAGCAUGCUAAAAACAACCUGUGAUACUUACACUCUGUCCGUCUUACAUUGAGAAACCUGACCGCAAGGGUGCUAUUACGAAACAUGGAGUGCCACAGCAUCAGCGUCCGGUUGGCAUGGCACAUGAUAUAAGCACAUUUGUUGCCUGUAGGCAUAUCUAGAGCAUCUGUCUUUGGUUUAUGUGUCUGCAGGAUGUGUGCAAUGAACUGAAAGUGGAGGGCACUUUGGUGGGGUGUUCAGUGUAGCAGACGCUUAGCAAGUCCAAGGUUGUUUCUGUGCAAGCUUAUUCACAGAUGCUUGAGGUGUGGAGCUGAAUCUUCAAUGGUAGGCGGCUGCUGAAUCACCAAUAAAGAGAACCUGAUGGCAAAGGCGUUGUACGACAAUGUCCCAGAAUCCCCAGAGGAGCUGGCCUUUCGCAAGGGCGAUAUCCUGACAGUCAUUGAGCAGAACACCGGUGGACUGGAAGGCUGGUGGCUCUGUUCGCUGCACGGUCGCCAGGGCAUCGCACCUGGCAACCGCCUCAAGCUGCUCAUUGGGCCCAUGUUUGAGAGCCAGACACCAGCCAGCCCCUCACCUUCUCAGAGCCUCGCCCAACAGCAGAGACCCCGCACACCACAGGGCCUGUACCAGGUGCCCCCCUCCCACCAGCCCAGCCAGGGCUCUGCACAGGGUAUCUACCAGGUCCCACCCUCACAGGAUCUGUACCAGGUCCCACAGAGGAGUGCACUGGCUGCAGAUGGAAUGCCUAGCAAGGUGCUGACCCCAACACGAGUUGGACAGACAUAUGCCUACAGCCCUGCACCCAACAACUCUCAAGACCUGUACGAUGUGCCACCAAUUCGACAACAGGGGGUUUCACAGGUUUAUGAUAUUCCACCUGGGAAACAGAUAGGAAAGCACAUGAGCCCUCAUGGCCAGGGUCUAUAUGACAUCCCUCCGGCACAGGACACACGGAAUCAGGGGGUGUAUGACAUCCCUCCUCCAUCACAAGGGGUGUAUUCGAUCCCACCUUGCAGGAAUAAUGCUGCACAAGAUGAAGGCAACUACGACUUUCCCCAACCUCACAAACAGAAGCCGGAGGGCAUAUAUGACGUUCCACCAUCAUUCGUCUCCAAAUCUACCCAGUGCUCCCAGUCCAAUUAUGACUUUCCUCCGGAAAACCGCAUGGUUGCUAACAGCGACAACAGCAUCUAUGAUGUUCCUGCUAGCCAGCCAGCCAUGGCAGGAUCCCGAGAUCUCUAUGAUGUUCCACAGGGGCUGCCACAGCGGGAUCGCAACAAGGGCAUCUAUGACGUCCCACCUACAGAUUCACGCUCACUGGCCGACGUAACCGAUGGCAUGAAUCGCCUUUCAUUUUCCAGCACCGGAAGCACGCGCAGCAGCAUGUCUACUUCUUCCUCUUCAGCAGGGUCGCCAGCUGAGGGUCGUUUAGCGCUAGACCUGGACUCCGCCUUGCAGCGGCUCGGCCGCCUACAGCAAGGCCUAGAUACUUCUGUCUCUGCCCUCCAGAGCUUCGUCGCCUCACCCAACUGGCGGACGUAUGCCUUCAUGGAACGCCAUGGCAAUGAAGUGCGUCUGACACUGGAGCGUGUGCGUAGCACCCUGGCUGAAAUCCUGGCCUUCGGACGAGGGGCAGCCACCAACGCCACGGCCCUGUCCGACCCAGGGUUGCACUCGAAGCUGCGCCGGCAGCUGCAGAGGCUAGAAGACUCACAGCAGAUCCUGCAGCAGACUCACCAGAGCCUAGAAAACAGUGGCUGGGCACUCAACGUCCUGGCAGCAGGAGGCAAGCAGCAAGGCAAAAGCGAUGACUUGGACCGCUUUGUCAUGGUGGCACGGACAGUGCCAGAUGAUGCCAAGCAGUUAGCAUCAACGAUAGGAAGCAGCGCAGAGCUGCUGUUCCGAAGGCCACCAGUAGAGGGCGUCGUUCACCCCUUCACCUGCUCCCCGGCGGAGGAGGACAACCACAGCUGCCAGACCAAACCUUUCCCUGUGCCACAGGACAGCGAGAAGUGUGUGAAAAGCUGGAUGGAGGAUUACGAUUACGUCCAUUUGCAGGGUAAAGAAGAAUUUGAGCGUCAGCAGAAGGAGCUCUUAGACAAGGAAAACAUCAUGAAGCAGAGCAAAGUCCAGCUGGGGCAGGAACAGUUGAACCAGUUCAAGCAGUUGGAGCAGGAGGUGAUCAAACCUGUAGAGAAUGACAUCACCCAGUGGAUCUCCCAUCAACAUUCCACAGGCUCCUCCUCCCCUUCAGACUCCUCCUCCACCUCCUCUGUGGGGGGCGGGGCUCAGCUGUGUGGGCGGGACCGCCAGCUGCUAGGCUUCUACGCUGAGCAGUGCGAGCAGCACUUUGUGACUCUGCUGAAUGCCGUGGAUGCGUUUUUCGGUUGUGUGGCAGCUGGACAACCUCCGCGAAUCUUCGUAGCACACGCCAAAUUCGUCAUUCUCAGUGCUCACAAGCUUGUGUUUAUUGGGGACACUCUAUCACGACAGGCCUCGACGCCCGAAGUGGCCAACCGGGUGAUGGACUCCAGUAAUGUGCUUUGCGAGAUGCUCAAGACGGUGGUGGGCGCCACCAAGAUGGCCGCCCUUCAUUACCCAAACACAGCCGCUGUGCAGGAAAUGGUGGACCGCGUCACGGACCUUUCACACCGGGCACAGCAGUUUAAAGCACAGCUCUUGCAAAUGGCAGCAUUAUGAUCUCAUCAGUGCGAGUCAGUUCAAAAACCAGGACGUUCUGAACAUUGUAAUUUAUAUGUAUUGGGCACAUCAACAAAAGCUGUCUUUUGUACAUAAGUACCAUUUCCUUCUGCUCUGUAAAUAUUCGGCUCUAUUUUUGUUUAGAUUUGUUUUAUAUAAUAUUAAGAAUGGUAUGAAUAUAUAUGAAUAAGAAAUAUGCUUUUAAAAGCUGUAUGUUAACAUUCCAUUUUUUCUUAUUAAGCACCUUAUAAGUUGCCAUUGAAUUUGUUAUUAUGAUCUGUAGAUAAAUGCUGCACCUGCUGCUGGAAAACAAAGAGGUUCUUUCAGUUUCUUGCAUUAUGUUGCAUUCUGUUCUGCAGACAACAUGGUUAUGAAAGUAAAAACCUGUACUUAACCAGAUGAUUUUUGUUUCGUUCUCAUUAUAUUGCAGUAUGGUUUAAGACCAAAAAUGUUGUGUCAAUGUUAAUAGGCAGCAUAAAAAGAUGCCCUGUGUGCUAUUAAUCUGCUGAACUAUUG